CGACGGUGCUGCAGCCCACAGCUAAAAAAAUGUAAAAGAAGUGAAACAUCUCAUUUCACUGUCUGCCUGAGAUGUGACAUGAAGAUUUGAUAAACAACUGAGGAGGGGAAGGCUUCGGAUCUAAUAACUGUCUGUCCGCUGGAACAGGGAAGGAGUCUCCAAGGAUGGUCAUUCAGAUGUCCAUCCAUGAAUAACAUCAACAACCUGAUACAAACUGAUCAAGCAUGGCCACAGGAAGCUUGUCUUCACACUUCAUUCUGAAACUUAUCUGCCUCCUCUUUCAGAUUAACCCCUCCCUGAGCUAUGCACUGAAACAUUGUACUAUACUUUAUCAGGACAAUCCUUCUGCUGAUGUGUCUUUAGAUUGUUCAAACAGAAAUCUGGAGAUCGUCCCUAAUGAAAUCCCCAAAAAUGCUGGUUCAUUGAAACUCAACAAAAAUAGACUGCUGGAAAUUAACAGAGAUGAUUUUCGCAACAUGUCAAAGCUGAGAUAUCUGGAUCUAACAGCAAGUUUUGUUACACGUGUGGGAAAUGGAUCUUUCAUGGAUUUGGUCGCAUUAAAAACUCUUUUGCUGGGAAACAACCAUUUCUACAACCUAACUUGCAACAUAUUUCAGGGUUUGUCCAACAUCAGUGUGCUUGACCUCAGUUUUAGUUUUAUUGAGGUAAUUCAUAAGUCAGCCUUCCAAUUUCUGACCAGUUUAGAAAUAUUGGAUUUAGGUGGUAAUAAACUCAGAGAGAUCACUGUUCUUCAGCCUAUCUUACAGCUCCCCAAAAUACAUUGGCUUGGGCUUGAACAUACUGACUUUUCUACGUUUGAAACCAAAGACCUACUGCUGAAUCAGCCCUCAAGUCUUAAAAAAAUUAGUAUUUCUAGCUAUUACCUAAAGAAAUUCAGCAUCUCAACACCUAUCUUUCCUUACCUCCAACAGAUAGAGCUUGCUUUAUGUUUUAUUGAUUAUAAUCUCAACUGGAACAUACCUGACAAAGCUUUGUUGCAGAAUAUAACACAGCUGUUUCUUCAAAAGAAAAUGCUUACCUUUCCAAAAAUCCGAAAGGUCCUGUUGAGUCUUUACUCACUGCGUCAUCUGAGGCUUACUUCAGUUUCUGAGUGGAUUGAGAAAGGAUUGUUAUCCACAGUCUGUAAAAUCCCAACACUGAAAAAGCUGGAUUUGUUUUACAACAAUUUUGAGAAGUUGCCGCUUAAACUUGCACCAUGCUCUCAGCUCACAGAGCUUAACCUGUCCAACAACAGAUUAAACAAACUGUUAAAAGGUUCAGUGCAUACGAUGAAGCAACUGUGGUCCCUGGACUUGAGUGCCAACCAGUUCACCAAGGUUCCACAUGACAUAAGGAAUCUCUCCUUUCUUGAGAUUUUGAAUUUGAAUGAUAAUCUUAUUUCCAAGCUGAGCUGUGAAGAUUUUGUGAACACGACAUUUCUUAAAGAGCUUUACUUAAACAAAAAUCGCAUGAAAAUAUUUAAAACUUGUGUAGUUCAAACUCUCAGUAGUCUGAAGGUUUUAGAUCUGGGUAACAAUAAUUUUAUAAAUUUCGGAAGCACAUUCAAAGUUGCUCUUAGGAAGCUAGAGAUCUUGGACAUUAGUAACAACUCUAUAAGAAUGAUACCACCAGGUUAUUUUCAAGGUUUACAGACACUGAAACAGUUAAAUACGGAAGUGAAUUAUCUUGGAAAUUUUGAUUAUUUUAUGGGAUUAGGCAACUUGCAGAAUCUUACAAUCUAUAAGUCUACUCGCAGGAUUUUCAGAAGUCCUCAUUCCUACAAUUGUAAAAACGUACCUCAGCUGAAAUUGUUGAAAAGUCUCACAGUUAUUUACAGGACAGAUAAGUAUCACGAUCCUUGUGUAGUGAACACGGUAUCGAUGUUUCUGCUGAAGAUGAUGGAAAAUUUGGAAAUUUUUAGAGCUGUGAAUAUCUGUAUCGGUUUAAUUUUUGGCAACAUUUUUCGGUUUAACCCACAGCUCAAGAGUCUGACAAUAGCAGAGUCCAAUGUGUCAUAUUUGAAUACAACAUUCUUUCAUCCAAUCCCAAACCUGCAGACUCUGGAAAUUUCCAAGUCUAAGAUUAAGUCUUUGGAUUUUUUGGUGCAUGCCAAUCUUUCUUCACUAAAAUAUCUGAGCCUUACUGAUAAUGAGAUCACUGUGGUUGACGAGACAAUCAUCCAGUCUCUUCCUUCUCUAACAUAUUUGGACCUAAGCAACAAUCUCUUAAACUGUGAGUGCUCAAACGCAGCUUUCAUCCACUGGUUAAAGAUCAACAAUCAAACUCAGGUGGUGAAUGCUCAUCAGUAUACAUGCUCCUUUCCCAUGGAGCAACGAGGAAGCUUGUUCCUAGACUUUGAUAUCCAGUCCUGUUGGGAUGAUUUCAGCUUUCUCUACUUCAUUUUUAACACCUGUCUGGUUGUUUUAACUCUCUUCACAUCCUUUGUCUAUCACUUCCUGAGGUGGCAUCUCACCUACACAUUUCAACUCUUCCUGGCCUUUGUCUACGACACCAGGAAGAGGAGGAACGUGGACCCCCAUCAGUUUGACGCCUUUGUGUCCUACAAUGUCCACGAUGAGGACUGGGUUUACAGAGAGAUGCUUCCAGUGUUGGAAGGAGAGCAGGGCUGGAGACUCUGUCUGCACCACAGAGACUUCCAACCAGGCAAACCCAUCAUAGAGAACAUCACUGAUGCCAUCUACGGCAGCAGGAAGACCAUCUGUGUGAUCAGCCGCAGCUACCUGCAGAGUGAAUGGUGCUCUAGGGAGAUCCAGAUGGCCAGCUUCCGUCUGUUUGAUGAGCAGAAGGAUGUGCUGAUCCUACUGUUUUUAGAGGAGAUCCCUCCCCAUCAUCUGUCUCCAUAUUACCGCAUGAGGAAGCUGGUGAAGAAACGCACCUACCUGAGCUGGCCUCAGGCUGUUGAACACCCAGGAGUCUUCUGGCAGAACGUCCAGAGAGCACUGCAGACAGGGGACGCCCUCACUGAGAACACAGACCUGCUGACUGGACCAACAUGAGGCUGAGAAAAUAUGCAGAACUGUAAGAUCACGGUUUAACUUAACCCAUCUCAAUUCUGUUUGACUCUGCUUAACAUGCAAACUGAUUUAAAAAAUAAUUUACUUACAUUAUUUUGAUGACCUACUUAAGCCAAUAGUAUAAUCCUGCUAUUCAUGUAUAUGUCGUUUUUUUUUUUUUCAUUAACUGCUUUUCUUUCUAAUGCCUUAAUAUUAACAUUAUUUCACUCUGAACUAUGAUACCUUAUAACAUGUCUUCAGGAGGAAAAAUUAAUGGAUUAAUGAGCAAAUUAAUACUUAAAAAGUACAUUUACAGGUAAUAGUCUUCAGUAAUACCUUGAAUACAGGGACCAGCAUCACAAAUCCUGAAGGUCAAGUUGAUGGCUUUAUUCUCACAAAUGAAGCAAAGGUUUUGAAAUUUUCUUUUGCUAAUUUUCUCUGAUUAUUUCUUUUUUAGUUAAUUUUUUUAAUUUGUUUUUACUUUGUUAUUGUUUAAGUCCUGCAUUUUUCCUACUUAGCCAGAUUGUUUUAGUCUGUUUUAGUACGUUAUACUUUAAGGUAAACCAU